AUGAGUUUGUGCAAACUAUUAGAUUGUCCAAUGAUUGUUAAGAAAUGCCGCACAAACUUAAAUGAUUCACAACACAUGGAUAGAGAUCAGAGUCUAUUGGAUAUGACUACUAAAAUGGCUAUUGUUAGAGACCCGACAGUUAUGACCACAGCGUAUGAGACAAAGAGUGUGUCGGAUGUGAUCCAGUUAUUGCAAAACAGGGCUGAUCUCAAGUUUACACGAAUGGUUAAAAUGUCGGCAAAUAUUAGUGGAUUCAAUGAGUUGUGCGAAGACGACAAGAUUGUGCUCUUGAAGGAUGGCUUUCCUCAUCUCUGGCUUUUGUUAAAUAUCACAGAAUUUGUCUUUAAUGGCAUGUUCUUCAGGAUUCCCAUUAACGAAGAGAAGGCAACUAUAAUACAAAUGAAUGUUUUGAUGACAUGGAGUAAAACAGUGGUUCAAAUCCAUAAGAAAUUCUUGUGUAAUAUGAAAGAUGAAUACAAUAAUGACAUUAAUUUAAUAGAUUUGUUAACAGCUAUCGUACUAUUUAAUCCAAAUCUACCAAAUCUUACGCAUAGACAUAAUGUUAUACUUCAACAGAAGACAUACAUGUAUUUACUUCAACGCUAUUUAGAGAUUAAACACAACUCAAAGUCAGAAUCGGAGACACAUUUCGGGCGUUUAAUGAAUUGUUUGCAACGUUUGCGGCGAUCGAGCCGUCGUUCAGUGGCUGUGGUUAGAGACCCGCCGAUUAAAACCAUAGCCUAUGAGACGGUCUGUGUUUCGGACGCGAUUCAAGUGUUGCAAAACGGAGCGGAUCUUAACUUUCCCAGAAUUGUCAAAAUGUCGGCUAAUAUUAAUGGAUUCAAAGAGUUGUGCGAAGACGACAAGAUUGCGCUCCUGAAGACGGCCUGUCCUCAGCUCAUGCUUUUGCAGAGUAUAUUUCAUUUCGACUUUGAGGGCCAGUUCUGGACACUUCCAAUUGGGGAAGAGAAGGCAACAUUACAACAGAAGACAUACAUGUAUUUACUUCAACGACGUCAUAUGUUUGCGGUGAUCGGGCAGUCGAAAACUGAUCCCAAGAGUGAUGAAUUAUCACGUGAUGGACAGCUUAAUAAUGUGGACAAAGAGCGUAAUAGUUUGAUGGCUGUCGAGAACAUCGAUAACAAAAUACCAUCGGUUAUCAAAGGCUUUAUAUUCAACUUCAAUGAGUUAGAAAUGAAACGAUUCAAAGAGUUGUUUAAUUCAGUGACAGUCGUUAGAGACCAGACAAUUAGGGCCAUAGCUUUUGAGACGGNGUUAGAAAUGAAACGAUUCAAAGAGUUGUUUAAUUCAGUGACAGUCGUUAGAGACCAGACAAUUAGGGCCAUAGCUUUUGAGACGGAGAGUGUGUCGGAAGCGCUUCAGAUGAUGCAGAAUAGGAUUCAUUUCAAGUUUACACAAAUGGUUAAAAUGUCGUCAAAUAUUAAUGGAUUCAAACAGUUGUGCGAAGACGACAAGAUUGCGCUCCUGAAGGCCGCCUGUCCUCAACUCAUGUUUUUGCUAAAUAUCACUGAUUUUGCCUUCGAUGGCAUGUUCUUCAGGAUUCCCAUUGACGAAGAAAAGGCAACUAUAAUACGAUUAAGUCUUAUGACGACAUGGAGUAAAAUUGUGGGCGAAAUACACGAGAAAUUUUUACUCCAACAGAAAACAUACAUGUAUUUACUUCAACGCUAUUUAGAGAUUACACACAACUCGAAGUCAGAAUCGGAGACACGUUUCGGGAGUUUUAUGAAUUGUCUGCAAGUGUUACGUGACUUAAGCCGAAUAAAUAUGUUUCCACUCAUACGAACUCGACUUGAAGUCAGAAUCGGAGACAUGAAUCGGGAGUUUUAUGAAUUAAGGCAUUACGAGAUUUGUUGCAUUUGUGGAGAUUUCAGUGUUGGCUAUAACUUCGGUGCCCUAACGUGUGAGUCCUGUCGGUCAUUCUUUCGCCGCAAUUCCACACGUCUUGAGAAAACAUCGGUUCACAAAAGGAUUAAACGAUUAUCUGAUAAACAACCAAAUGAUUUGGAUAUAACUCACAGACAAUUAGUUAUGAAUAUUGACGCCUCAAAUGUUAUGAAUGAGAGCAACAAAAUGUCACACAAUAUACCGUCGGUUAUCAAACAGUUUAUAUUCAACUUCAAUGAGUUAGAGAUUAAUAGACUUAAGGAGUUAUUUAGUUCAGUGGCCACUGUUAGACACCAGAGGGUUAGGACAGUAGUGUAUGAGACAGAGUGUGUUUCGGAUGCACUCCAUGUGUUGCAUAAUAGGUCUGACCGUAAGUUUCCGCAAAUGAUUAAAAUGUCGGAAAGGAUUAAUGGAUUCAAUGAGUUGUGCGAAAACGACAAGUCAGUGCUCUUUAAGGCCGCCUGUCCUCAGCUCAUGCUUUUGGAGAGUAUUAUACUUUUCGACUUCGAGGGCCAGUUCUGGACGAUUCCUAUUAAUGAUGAAAAGGCAUCAAUUUUAAGGCUAAGCGUUUGGAUGGGUUGGAGUGAUAUUGUGGUCGAAAUGCAAAAGAAAUUUAUGUUUAACUCCAACAAAAUGCAUACAUAUUCUUAA